UUCUCCAUUUCAUCUUCUCAUUAAUAAUAUAACCCUUUUGUUUUUCGAUUCAUGUCUUGUUAUUAUUUCCGGUAGCAGAUUCUUGAAGAUGGGGUAGUGAUACGAGUCUAUUAUUAUUAUUAUUAUUUAGUUUAGAUAUAUUAGGGAUUAUCAUAUCUUUUCUUAUAUUUAUUUCUUGUUCAUUAAGUUAGGGUAGUAGUUCUAGUAUUAUAAAUAAGAUAGAUUGUUAUCUUUUUAGUCAUUCAUCCAAUUAAUAAGAAUAUUGAUUUUGCCCAACAACUCGUUCUAAACUUACAAACCCUAGCAUUCGUGCUGCCCGACGGGAGAUCCCCGCGCACAGCAGAAGCUUUGCUCCGCCGACCCGAAGUCAGGGCGCCGGAGAGUUCCUUGAUUGUUGGAGAGAAGCCAUCGAUCGCGGUUAAGGGGAAAGACCCUUAACAACUGGUGCUUUCAUUGAGAGAGGAGACGGACCGGCGGUUUGAGAAUUUGGAACCUGCAAUCCCGCACGCGUUCAGCCAGCCGCUUGACGGCGAUGAAUGGGAGUAUGAGGAUUAUCGUCGUAAACGUAAUUGGGAUAGUAGUCACCACAUGGGAUCGGUCCAAACCCGUCGGAGACAGCCCACUUGCUGGGACCCACCAUGGACCCGUCGGACCACUACAUAUCAGCAUUCUUCAUCCUAUGAGCUAGAUAUGUACUCGCCAUCACCGCCCAAGCGCCGACCUACCUGUUGGGACCCACCUGCCUAUCGAGAGACACCAAGGCAACGCCCCUUCAACGAGGAUCACGGUGGAAGACACUCCACGGCAUGGGACAGCCCUUGGGGGCGAGGCGAUUCAGGGAGACAUCGUCCGCUGUUGUCGACAGCGACUACUGUGGCUUCGCAGUCCCUGUUAGGGUUCGACGGGCAGUCGUCUAGGGCUACGCAUCAGCCGCUGAGUUCUGAGGUGUUGUGGUGGGAUCGUUACGGAUCCGGCGGCGAGGGAGUUCGGGGGAGACACCCGACAGCAUGGGACAACCCGACGCAAAGGGUCGACGACCAUGCCGGGAGACUGGCGCCUACGUGGGAGACGACAUGGGGCAGACAUGAGGGCAGUCGCUAUUCGGACCCGCCGCGGAGGAUCGACGCGUCGGAACGGCGUGCGGCCAUCGCACAACCACCGCCACGACCCGACCCCGAUCCACCAGACACGGACUGGCAGAGGGAGAGAGAGGAAUCGGAGCGGCAGAGAGCAGUUUUGACGCCGGCGCCGGCGGUAGCGUCAAUACCGCGAUUAGGGUUUGGCGACGAUUCUUCAAUUCAUGGGCCACAGCAGGCAACCCAACCUGGUGCAUCUUCAGGGGCCAGAUACACAGUCAAGGGCGACGGGGAUCGUGGCAAGCAGCCAUCAGCUUCCGUCGCCAUCGAGGGCCCUUCAUCCUCGACCACUGACCUAUUGCUUCAAGUCAAAGACCUCUCCGCUGUCAUCGCCGAGUCCAAGCAGCCUAUCCUCAAGGGCGUUAAUCUUACCGUCCGCCAUGGAGAGGUUCAUGCUGUGAUGGGGAAGAACGACUCAGGGAAAAGUACAUUUGCAAAGGUCCUUGCUGGUCAUCCAGAUUAUGAGGUUACAGGAGGAAGUGUAAUGUACAAAUGGCUUGAUCUGCGUGAGAUGGAACCUGAGGAAAGGGCUACUGCUGGAUUAUUUAUGAGCUUUCAAUCAUCAGUUGAAAUUCCUGGUGUAAGCAAUAUUGACUUCUUAAAUAUGGCUUACAAUGCUAGGAGGAGGAAACUUGGAUUACCAGAGCUUGGACCAAUUGAGUUUUAUGGCUGCGUGGCACCCAAACUUGAGCUCGUCAAUAUGAAGACCGACUUUUUAUACAGAUAUGUGAAUGAAGGAUUCAGCGGUGGAGAAAAAAAAGCGCAAUGACACGUCAUGUUUGAGCACUCUUGGAAGCAUGGACAAGCUUUUCGUUUUGGGAUGGAGUUCUGCCGACAACAUUGGGUAUCCUUUGUUGUUUAAUGAUGGAGGAGAUGAAGGGAGACGUUUAGUUGUUCGGUGUGUGUUUGAUCCAGGAGGAGAUGUCUCGCCAAAGUCGACUUUCAACUCUCUUCGUUGCUUCGUGGUUUCCACCUUGAGGACAAGGUGGAUUUUAACCGUGGGGGAGUUGAUACGAGUCUAUUAUUAUUAUUAUUUAGUUUAGAUAUAUUAGGGAUUAUCAUAUCUUUUCUUAUAUUUAUUUCUUGUUCAUUAAGUUAGGGUAGUAGUUCUAGUAUUAUAAAUAGGAUAGAUUGUUAUCUUUUUAGUCAUUCAUCCAAUUAAUAAGAAUAUUGAUUUUGCCCAACAACUCGUUCUAAACUUACAAACCCUAGCAUUCGUGCUGCCCGACGGGAGAUCCCCGCGCACAGCAGAAGCUUUGCUCCGCCGACCCGAAGUCAGGGCGCCGGAGAGUUCCUUGAUCGUUGGAGAGAAGCCAUCGAUCGCGGUUAAGGGGAAAGACCCUUAACAGGUAGUUGAAGUUUACACUAAGAAUCAAUAUUUCCCAGAAACAUAAACUAAAUCAAUGAGAAAUUAAAAAAAAAUGUGAUCUUUAUAUGUUCAAAUAUUGGUGCAAGUGAGGGGAGAUUUUAAAGGGUAAAUAAUCACUGAAUCAUAUGUCAAUGAUUUGGAUAUUACUGCUACAAUAAUUUUGUUUGAUGGAGUAUAUGUUUAUGCGUUUGUUAAGAUUAAUCCUCGGUAUCAUUAGCAUUAUUAGUAGUAAUAGUCCAAAGGGAAGCCAUCUUAAAUUUUCUUAAUAUCACCUUUCUGGCUAGGCUAAUCCACUGGAUUUACUUGAGAGAUUCCAGUCAACACUCAUGAAUAUCGAACCAAAUUGCAUCGAUCAUUCUUUGAAAUAAAAAUAAAGGCUAAAGUAGAUAUUCCGUAGCUGAUUUUGGAGUUUGCUUAUAUCUUGCUGAAAGGCCUGUGUGUUAUACUCUAGUUGGCAGCUCAUUGUGUUGUUAAUGAACAGUUCUUUUAGCUACAUAGAGGUAAAACAAAUAAAUGGUGUGAUUAAAUGACACAUUUUUAACUUAAAUAAGUGAAUUCUUUCAAGUUGUUGCUGUUUUCGAUUUACUGUAUUUUUACUUCAUUUAUGUAAAGAGCUAAGGAUCUUGGAUAAACAUCAGUACACUUGACAUCUGAUAUGUCAAGUUUGGAGGAAUGUUAGAUUGCAUAAAAACUUUUCAAAGUGGCAAAGCUUUUCUGUAUAGUAACCUAGGUUUGUGCGGUCUUUCGAAUGAUCAAAUGAUCUCGUCAUACAUUAUGCAGAUUGUUAUUUGCAUAAUAUAGCAGUCAAUUUUUUCUUCCCAAAUUAAUCUUAAGAUGCCUGGAAGUCAUUAGCAGAUUCGAUGUUAUUCUUUCGUGACGAAAAGAAAGGAACAUCUCGUAAGGCAAACUUGGAGCUAGAAUAUAGAGGAUGGAUUAUAUUUACCGAAAUUUUCCUUUCACCAAAGUCUAGCAUUUUUAUGUUGCUUCACCAUAUCCAUCAAUCAUUGGAAAUGUGCAAAUUUAUAUUGUUCGAGCAGUUCCUACUGUGUUUGGAAUAAACAAUUGGGUAGAGCUAAUGUUUAGAUGGCUAAGACAUGUGUGGUAGCAGAACUACUCUCUUUUUUCUAUUUGCUGAAGCCUGAAAUGAACCUCAACUGGUGGAUUGGACCAUGGCCUACUGAUUGUGGUUUUACGGCCAGAAGAAUAUUUAAGUGGCAAGAAAAUCCUGUCAUAAUUUUGAGUGCAGAUAGUAACACAAUGAAAAAAAUGUAUUUUGAGUGUAUAGCUUAGUGGAAAACUGAAGAAGUCUGAAGACAAAAUAAAACCUAUCCCUAAUUCUUUGACAUAGGCUUAAGCUAACCUUAUAGGCCAGUCAACUGGUGAUAUGCUAUGUUGUAAAAGCCAUGAGCAGAGAUUUUAAACAAGUUUGUCUUCUCUACAAAUGCAUUCAGAUGAACUGUUUACAGAAAACGACAAUGGGGGGCAGGCUACUCUUCAUCUACAGUUCAUUAUAAUCUUUUCUUGACAAACCUGCUACUUGAAUAGUCCUAGUAUGUUGUUUAAAAUGUCAAUUUAAUCUUCUUCAGACAUAAACGAAUCUGAUUUGGCAUUUAUAGCUCUUAUAUGUUUGCCUCCUGUAUCUGUAAUCCUUUCAGAAAGGAAGAACUACACAUCAUUAUUUCAUACAUAUAUGUAAAUCUGAAGUGAAUUUAUUGUCUUUAAGUCUAAAGAUAUGCCAAGAUAACUUUUGUUAAUUCUUAAAUCUGUAGUAUUUUCAGCUAGUUUCUCAAGUAUUUCUGGUGAUUUUUGGAGCUGCUCUGGGUCCUUAGUUCCAAAAUCAGCAUAAAUAGUAAACAGCAAUCACAUAUUUCUUCCUUACCUAUUUGGAUACAUGCUUAAUUGAUUUGUGGUGGAUGAUAAGUAAACUUUUGUCGUCUGCUUAUAAAAUAUACUAGGUCCGAUAAUCAUGUCCUUGCAUGUACUAGCCAACUGAAAUGCUGAUGAACAUUCGAUGUAAUGCUGAUUUUGUCGUGAUAUCUUUUGUUUUGUGCUUCUCAAACUCACCCCUCGUUGAUUAGUAAGUGUUGCUUAACUAUGUGAAGCCUUGACAAGAGUUGUUUGAUGAAGUACAAGUUUGGUGUUGACAUAUUUGAA